AUGGACAUUUGGAGCCAAGGGAAACCCAGGAGACUGUUUGCCAGGAGAAAGAUUUCACCCCGCCAGGAACAACACUGUGUUAAACACAAGCCUGAGCCUGCAGCUCCUGCCCAGCGGUGUGGUCGUCUGAUGGAGAGCUGUCUCUAUCAUACCCCCUGCUGUGACCCCUGCGCCUCUUGCCGCUGUCGCCUCUUCAACACCGUCUGCCACUGCUUGAGACUGGGCCUACACUGUCCCAAGAUGACCUAGACACACACACACACACACACACACACACACACACACACACACACACACACACACACAUACACACACACACAACUAUUCACCACAAAUAUAUACACGCACACACACACACACACACACGCACACAAACUACCACUGAACUGUCCCCAAGAAGACCCCCUGCUCCCCUGCUCAUACCAGGUGAAAGGUAUGAUCCAUUAUUGAUGUAAUUUGUUAAAUCCACUUGAAUCAGUGUAGAUGAAGGGGGGGAGACAGGUUAAAGAAGGACUUUUAAGCCCCGAGACAGUUGAGACAUGGAUUGUGUAUGAGUGCCAUUCAGAGGGUGAAAGAUUUGUGCCUUUGAACGGGGUAUGAUAGUAGUUGCCAGGCGCACCGGUUUGAGUGUGUCAAGAACUGCAACGCUGCUGGGUUUUUUCACUUUCAACAGUUUCCCAUGUGUAUCAAGAAUGGUCCACCAUGCAAAGGACAUCCAGCCAAUUUGACACAACUGUGGGAAGCAUUGGAGUCAACAUGCAUCCCUGUGGAACGCUUGCUACACCUUGUGGAGUCCAUGCCCCGACUAAUUGAGGCUGUUCUGAGGGCAAAAGGGCGUGCAACUCAAUAUUAGGAAGGUGUUCCUAAUGUUUUGUACACUCAGUGUAUCUCUCUCAUAGAGGCUGGAAGAGAUCACACAGAGUGACUUACUUCACAGAUAUUCAUGCAAAAUUCAUUUCGACCUCAUGAAUGACAGAUUACAUAUUGUAAGGCCCACAAUAAUUUCCACGUGUGUAUCUAGACGUUGUAUGAAUUCAUUGUGGACAUGAAACAGUAUCUGUUUCAUGUCCUUUCCGACAUAACUAUAUUCAGUCUGCGUUUGUAUAACUAUGCACCUCUGCUAGAUUCUGGGUCAUGUUGAUCCAAUGCUAACCACAAAAAAAGAAAACAUAAACUUGUGACAAACAUCCUCUCCAUAUUUUCUUCCUCUUGAAUGUUUGUUAGCCUCACUCAUCCUCUUUGUAUUGCUAUUCUCACCAGUUAUCCCUGCUGGCAAAAACAUUGCUCUCUGCUCAAUAAUAGCUUUUGCCGCUGUGGUUACAUAUAUUUUUAAAUGACUAGCAAACUCCCCGGUGGAUUAAGGUGGAUAAGAGGUAGUGAGAGCUUGGGGCGAGGAAAAAUAACAGUUAAGAAUGCAGACAAUGAGUAGUAAUAAUGGAGAACAACCCACAGAAAUGUGUUCCAAGUGAACAUAACAACAACCCCAAGCACACCUCGAAAGCACCCUGGAAUGGUUCAAGAAGAAACGCUGGACUGUCCUGGAGUGGCCAGCAAAGACACCAGAUCUGAUUCACAUCCAUAUCAUGUGGCGAGAGCUGACAACAGCAGUUGGUGGAGGGCACCCUGUUGCAACUGAUAAUGUAAUAACUGCCAAUACUGUAAUAGUGGCUAAUAAUGUAAUAGUUGCCAAUAAUGUAAUAAUGGCCAAUGAUGUAAUAGUGGCUAAUAAUGUAAUACCUGCCAAUAAGGUAAUAGUUGCUAAUAAUGUAAUAACUGCCAAUAAUGUAAUAGUGGCUAAUAAUGUAAUAACUGCCAAUAAUGUAAUAGUGGUGAAUAAUGUAAUAACUGCCAAUAAUGUAAUAGUGGAUAAUAAUACAUUGCCUAUAAUUAAAUAAGUAUACUGAAAGUAUUACGUGAUGAAGUUUCUGCACAUAACGUAAUAAUCCAAUUAUUAUGACAUUAUGCGUUACAUUAUAAAGUGGUAAAAAAAAACUGCAAUAGUGUAAUAACUUAAAACAAUAAUGUAAUUACUAAAAUCACUCUUUCUUUAAUGGCAUGCCUACUAAGUGUCACACACUUGAGGAACACUUCGUUUUUUUGUUUUUAUUUGCACCAAAGAAAACAAGUGAUAGACAACAAUACGGAUAAAAACAAAAUCAAACGGAGAAAAAACUGCAGGUGUGGUUGGAAGCCCACGGGCUUAUAUGAAAACCACACUUCAGCUUGUUUGCAUUUGCAUCUAGACUUGCAAUGGGGUGAUACUAUUGCACUUAAGUAUUCAAGCCCCUGAGUCAAUACAUGUUAGAAUCACCACAUUUCUUGCAUUAAACUCUGUAACUGUUUUAAAGUCACCAUUAGCCUCAUGGUGAAACCUAUGAGCGGUUUCCUUCCUCUGAGUUUAGAAGGAUGCCUGUAUCUUUGUAGUGACUGGGUGUAUUGAUACA